AUGACAGGGGUUAUUGGGAAAUGUCUCGGGCACAAAAUUGGCAGCUUGGACCAGUUAAAUCUAAUCGAGUUACGAAUUCUAUAUGCCAUUGUCCGACACAAGGAUUUGGACUUUGCUCAGUUAUUCUUUGAUCAUCUUGUUGAGUGUAUCAGUGGCAAUAAUCGACCAACAUAUUUGUCAUACCCUCGAUGGAUUGCUCUUCUUUUCGCUCACGCUGGGAUGGGGUACGACAUCAAUCACAAGGCAUCUAUUCUAACUCCAACUUUAUCCUCUAAAAUUAUCAAAGUUGGUUCUACAGAAGGAGACAUUCACUUGUUUCAGCGAAUGCUUCUCUGGAUAGAACAUCCUUAUACUAUUGACGAUGAAGAUGAAGAUGAAUAA